CACUUUGAUAAAAGCUGGCUAGCAGGCUGUGCUCGGUCCUUCUCGCAACGACCAGAUCAGUUGCUGCAAUGGCUCAAGACGGAGUCCAGUACUGUGACUCACAGAAACAAUUCAUCUUAUCCUCUUACAGUAAGAAGGUACCUAAAAGGAUGGCGUCUCUCCUGGAGAUGAAAGAAAUCUUCCGCAAUGCUGAUGCAGUGUGCUUUGAUGUGGACAGUACAGUCAUCAGGGAAGAAGGCAUUGAUGAGCUUGCAAAGUUCUGUGGAGUUGGAGAUGCCGUCGCAGAGAUGACCCGCAGAGCUAUGGGUGGCACUGUGACAUUCAAAGCAGCUUUAACAGCACGACUAGGUCUCAUACGACCCUCCUACGAGCAAGUGCAGAAGUUAAUAUCUGACAAUCCACCUCAGCUAACACCAGGAAUACGGGAGCUGGUGAACAGGCUUCAUCAACGCGGGGUACAGGUCUUCUUGGUCUCCGGGGGAUUUCAGAGCAUUGUGGAACAUGUGGCCUUGCAGCUGAACAUUCCAACAGCAAAUGUCUUUGCCAACAGGCUGAAGUUUUACUUUAAUGGAGAAUACGCAGGAUUUGAUGAAACACAACCAACAGCUGAAUCAGGGGGGAAAGGAAAAGUUAUUACUCAUCUGAAGGAACAGUUCCAUUUCAAGAAAGUAGUUAUGAUUGGAGAUGGAGCUACAGACAUGGAAGCCUGCCCCCCUGCUGACUGCUUCAUUGGAUUUGGAGGAAAUGUAAUCAGAAAGCAAGUAAAGGAGAAAGCUAAAUGGUACAUUACUCACUUUGAUGAACUGCUAAAGGAACUGGAAGAACGAUAAAUUAUACAGUAAAAUAAUAUAUUUAACAACUAUAAGUCAAUUAUACAAUGUAAUUAAACAUAUAUUUGUUUGCAAA